AUGGCAUCUGCUGCUGGAGGUACUGGCGUUGGAGGUGGUGGAGCUGUAGGUACUGUUGCUGGAGCUACCGGAGCUGUUGGUGCUGGAGGUACUGGUGCAAAAGGCGCUGGAGCUGGAGGCGCUGUAGCUGGAGGUACUGGUGCUGGAGGUGCUGGGGCAGGAGGUGCUGGUGCUGGAGCUACUGGAGCUGUUUGUGUUGGAGGUGCUGGAGCUAGAGGUACUGGAGCUGGAGGCGUUGGAGCUGUUGGUGAUGGAGGCGCUGUAGCUGGAGCUACUGGUGCUGGAGGUGCUGGGGCAGGAGGUGCUGGUGCUGGAGGCACUAGAGCUAGAGGUACUGGUGCUGGAGGCAUUGGUACUGGAGGUGUUGGUGCUGGAGCUACUGGGUCUAUCGGUGCUGGAGGUGCAGAGCUGGGAGUACUGGUGUUGGAGCUACCGGAGCUGUUGGUACUGGAGGUACUGGUGCUGGAGGUGCUGGAGGUGGAGGUGUUGGAGGUGUUGGAGGUAUUGGAGCUCUGA